AUGAGUGCGGCACGCUUCGCUGCCCGGAGUUUCCUCUCCCGGCGUCUGGCCGCCGCUGUCCCGGCCGCUGCACCGGCAGCUUCCACUCCGGCUGCGUCGACAUGUCAGCAACAGCAGCAGUCCCAAUUCCACAGCUCCGCCCAGCUCGAGGCCCGGAGGCGAUCGCGCUUCAAGAGUGUCCGCGCCGUCGAGAUGGGCCUGACCUCGGAUGAGAAGAUCGAGAGUUUCACCAAGAAGAAGUUCGCCGACUACACGGAAGACGAGAAGGCCGCCCUCGCCCACAACUACCCUGCCGAACACAUGGAGGCCAUCGAGGCCGCCGAGGCCGCCAUCGACCCCAAGGACCUGACGAUACAAGGUCGCCUGCGCAUCGACCCGUACCGCAUGCCCUACAUCGACGACUUUAGCGAGAUACAACCCAUCAUCGACAGGCGCGCCCGCCCCCACGCGCCCCCCAGCCACAAGGCGCGCUUCAUGGACGUCGACGAGUUCACCCAGGACCUGAUCAACUGGGCCGACGAGAUCCGCCGCGGCGAGCCGACGCACCGGAUGAAGAAGCUGAAGGACUUCGUACCGGAGCAGUACCAGAAGACGCCUGAGGGGCAGUGGCCAAAGGACAUCCGGGAUGAAGCCUUUACCAACUUCUGGGCCUACCUCAAGGAGCAGAAGGAUGCCGACGCCAAGGCCGCCGCCCAGGCGACCGGUCCUACCGACGGCGACAUUCUCUCGUACAUUCUUGAGCGCUCGUCCAUGACCGACAACAACCUGCAGGCCAACUCGUCGCUGGCGCCCGCCCUUCCCGAUAAGGUCCCCGGCGUGGCAGGCAGGUACAGGAACGCGAUCGACCCGGCCGACGACGGUCUCGAUGACAAGGGUCAGUACCAGGAGCUGAAGAAGCGGACGGGCAUGACGGUCCGUCAGAUUCUCAAUCUCCAGACUAAAUUGCUGGUCCGACGUCGUGUCGUGAACCAGACCCGUCUGGGCAAGAUUGCCAGUGCCUCAGUCAUGGUUAUUGCCGGAAACGGCGACGGCUGGCUCGGUCUCGGUAUGGCCAAGUCGGUCGAACCUCAAAUCGCUCAGGAAAAGGCCACCCUGAUGGCUAUCCAGAGCAUGCAGCCCAUCCCCCGCUACGAGAACAGGACCAUCUAUGGCGAGGUCACCGCCAAGGUUUCUGGCACCGUUGUGCGCCUGAACUCGCGUCCUCCUGGAUUCGGUCUCCGCGUCUCCCAUCGUAUCUUCGAAAUGUGCCGCGCCGCCGGCAUCCGCGACCUCAGCGCAAAGUUCCUGCGGUCGCGCAACCCCAUGAAUACAGUAAAGGCCACUUACCAGGCCCUUCUCAGCCAGCCCAACCCCGAACAGCUCGCCAUCGGUAGGGGCAAGAAGCUCGUCGACGUUCGCAAGGUUUACUAUGGCGGGUCUGUACACUAA